AUGCCUUUUCAGCUUUUGGCCAAAGUGGAAUCAUCUCACAUGGCUGUGAAGCUGGCAGUCUGUGAAGCUGGCAGCAGGGAACACACACAGUCUGUCCCACCGGGUGGGAGCUCCGCGCAUCGCGAUUUCGCCGCGGCCACCCGAGGUCCUGGGGUCCUGCCCACCCACGCUGGACUGGCUCUGAUGAGUCCAAGGCACUCGGUGCGUCCACGGCACCUGGUGAGGGCACGGAGAACGGCGCCGUGUGCCGCGGCCGUGGCGCAAGGUCUGCGGACCGUGUCAUCCUUUUCCACCACGAGGAGAAAGGUCGGACGGUCUGCGGGUCUGACUUGUGACUGCAUAGAUGACCAAGCGCUUCUGG